GAACGUCGAGAAGUGCGGCGAGGAGAGGAAAGCGGAGAAGGGGGAAGGCCGGCAUUUGCAGAGCGGUCGGCGCACGCUACCCCGUUCGCGCGCGCGCGUCCUUACAAAACAACGCAUCUGAACACUGAACCGUCUCUGAACGCGCCUCAACAGUUCGGCACGAAUUCACACUGAGUUGAUUAUCCUGUCCGACGCGCGGGUUUCAUCGCGACGCCGCCAUAUUGGCGGCUCGAUAUAACACGUACUAAUAAUAAGUUGAAAUUGGGUACGGUUGGCAUCGCAGUUGACGCGCCGAUCUCAUCUCCGUUGAAUGUUGCUACAACAAAAUGUGCCAUAAACAGCGCAGUGAUCAUGUCAUAACCAUUGAAGCAGCCAUAGUUGACUGAUAAUGCGAGAAACGCGGGAGAAACUUCGUCGGCCGAACAACAACGAUUGAACUGUACACACGUUUCUUCCACGUUAUUCUGUUAUUUUCUUUUAUUCCGUUAUUUUGCUUUUGAAAUUCUUUUUCAUUUUAAUAUUCGUACGAGCCGAACGAGAUCGUGACUACGGUAUUUUUAAAAUUGAACAAUAAACUUGAACACCGACACACACACCUUGUCACGAUAGUAGAACAAUCGUCGGAAGUAAACUUAUUAUUGUUUUUUCUUUUUCACCUGUACACGGUGAACGUGAUGAAGUUCGACGACGCAUGUUGAGAGGUUUGCGUCGCGAUUGUUUAAUUGGUCCUGUUCCACGAUCAACGCUUCGCCACCGAUUGUAAACACUAAUGAGCGUUCUUCCAUAAGCUCGUACAACGUUCACGGGAUUUUGAUUGAUUUUUGUUCUUCUAGUGAUUGUUUGGGAACUAUUGUUAUCGUGUGGAAACAUGUGAACUGUUAAUUAUUGAAACCUAUUAUAUUGUAUGUGCAUAUCGUCGUCGGUAAAUAUUCCCACCGCGUUCGCCAAUGAAGUUAAUUGUUUACAUCAAGAUAAAUCCUUGUCGAUGACCUCGUACAAUUUGCAUUGUUGAUAACAAUGCCUAUUGGAAAUGAACAGUUCAUUGGAUCAAGACUUUGAGGAAUUUAGAUUUACUGAUAAAAGGAACAUUUGUAAGGACAGUACGGUGGACGAUGUACAAAAAUUUGGCGAAAACAUAGAUAACAGAAAUUCGAUAUUUACAUUAAGGUCUUCAUUGUUGAAUUGUGAAAUUUGUGGGGAACAAUUUGUGUCGAAGAAGCAAUUACGUUCUCAUAUAUAUACUCAUUUGGGGACGCCUCGUGUAGUUUUGAGGAGACUUACAAACUUGAAAACAGUAAAGAAGAAACAUAACAACACUUACUGGUUAGAUCCGGAGAAAAAGGGCUCGUUGAAAUUAACAUUGAAGAAACAGAAUUUCUCGGAUUCUCUGAAACUUACAUUGAAAAAAUCUUCUAAGUCGGAAGAUUUCACAGUUGUGAACAGCAAUAUUAAUCUGGGUACGGAGAUUCAUCGUCAAGAAGACGUGGCUGGAACAAAGGAAAAUGAUCAAAGACAUGAGAAAGAUGCGGAAAGUUCGAUCAAUCAACCAUUUGAAAACGUGAUGGUAGAGCAACAGGAUGAAUAUGGGAACAUUAAAUUUAACACUGACGAUCAUAAUCCUUUGGAAGAAAAUGAUAGACCAUCCAUAGAUGUAAAUGAAGGUGAUUCAGGUGUAGGGAGUGAUAUGGCAAAUCCAUCCGAAAAGGAAGAUCAAAAUGUUGAUGACCUGCAUAGUACAGAUCAAUAUGACAGUGCAGACAAAAGACUAUCAGAGUCUGAAGAUCAUGAAGAAUCAGACGCGUUGGAGGCAACGUGUCGAGAAACAAUUGAAAACUUAAAAAAGCUUGGUGAACAAUCUGGAUCAAGAUCUGGGAGUCAGUUAACAGACAAUUCAGGUAUUGAAGAUGACGAGAGGGAACAAGAAUCCAACAUGAUACACGAUUUGAAAGAGAAUCCAGCUAUUAGUAUUAUUUCAAAGUCUUCAACGUAUUCAAAUCAUUCAGCAAAUUGUACAACAGUGUGCGAAGAUGAAGAUAAACCUGAAGAAACAACAGAGGGGACAACAGGAGGUUUUAAUUGGAACCAGUUGUCUACUAAUUUGUCUAGUAAAAAUAGUGAGCCUUCCAAAGAAAAUGAAGAACAAUCUGAGCAUGGAGGUGACAACAACAUUGAAAAUGCUGGAUCUCUUUUACAAAACUUGAUUGAACAUCAACGACAUAAUCAAAAUGACACAUUAUCAAAUAAUUUACCACCAGAAACAGAAUAUGUUUCGCUGGAAAAGUUAGCUGAAACUGUUAGUACCUGUCGUGUUUGUAAUGAGAAAUUUAAAGAUAUUGCUCAUUUAGAUGAGCACAGGAGCAAAGCAGGCCACUAUCAGUGCAAUAUUCCAGAGUGCAUUAAUCUUAUUUUUAAUUCACCGAUGGAAGUAUCCAUGCAUAAAGCUCAAAUGCAUGGAACACCAUUGUCUCCAAGUGUGAGCCAGUUGUCUCCUCAUUUGAAUACAAAUUCGCCUCAUUUAAAUCAGAAUUCGCCUCACUUGAGUCAAGCCUCACCGCAACUGAGCACGCACUCGCCUCAUGCUGUGUCAAUGGAAUCUCCAAACACACCGAAUUCACAGCAAAUAAGUAGAAAUUCGCCUUUAACUUCUCCGCACCAAACGAAUUCUCCUACGUACAAUUCAGUACCUAAUACUGGACAAAUAAUUCCACCUGUUAAUUUUGAGCAGUUACCUGCACCCGUUCAGCAGUUAGCUCAACAAGUACAACGUAUGCCACUUCCGCAAACGCAAAUGCCUCCGAGUCUUCCACCAGGUGCUAAUACAAUGAUCCCUGGUCCAAAUUACUUUGUACAACCGCCGGGAAGGCCACCGCUGUAUAGAGUUCCUGGUCCACAGGGCAUGCAUUAUCCUCCUCAUAUAACACACUUAUAUUCGCAGUAUGGACCUGGCCCAUAUCCGCAAAUGACUGCACCGCCGCAAAUGCAUCCUCAGUUGUCUCCGCAAAUUUCCCGUGGAAGGUAUCCCACAGUUGCACAAAGUAGUCGGGCACCGCGUACCCCACAAACUGGAUCAACUCCCCGGCAAAGGAUGAAGCGUCCUAUUCAGCAAUCGAUGCAAGUACAACAACAGAAUAAUUCUACCCUAAAGCAACGACGGAUGGACGUUCUGUUGCCAGAUAGAAACGAGGACGCGGACUGUCAUGUUAUCGCUCAACAAAAGCGAAACGACGGUCUGCCUGUUAUACAGAACGUUCAGGGUGCCACCACGCAGCAAAGCAGAAAUGAUUCUACCAUACAUCUGACGGAUUCUAUAACUCUCAGCGUACGGCAACCAGCUCAAGUGCAGAAUACAUCAGGUACUGGUGGCAAGAAGUCCGAUGCAAAGGCUGUGGCUAAUGUCCUGGCAGCCAGAGGUAUUACUGUUACUCCAGCUGCAAAUAAAAAUAAAACAAGCGAACAAAACAAACAGCAGAUACCUUCCCAGCAACAGAGGACCAUGCCUUCACAGCAGCCUUUAAAUGUUACAGCGCUCACUCUGAAUUCUGCUAUUUCUAUCAUACCAGCUAGUUCACAAAAAAAGCAACAGGACCAAGGUCAGUUCGCUGUUCCUCAGAAUAAACAGAAUAAAACGGCGGUGAAUGAAGUGGAACGACCACCGAGACCGCCCACUGUUGAUCUAACGCAAGAUGGUCCGCCGCAAUUGCCAGUGGUCAGGCGUGGAAGGCCUCCUCGGUCUUUGCUUACCUGCCAAGUGUGCGAUAAAAAUUUCCAGAAUCAGGAAAUGUUGACGCAACACAUGGCUACACACCGUGCGCCGAGCAAAUUACUUCACAAGUGCAAUCUUUGUCCUGCCCAGUACCCGACGGCUCAGGCAUUGAUAACGCACAAACAAGCGUAUCAUAAGGAAGUAGAUACCGUAGCACAAAACGGCGGUGCAGAGCUGGCAUUGCCGGUUGUGGAUUUGAAAUCUCCGCACGUAUUAAGUCGUCUGUCGAACCUCGGUAUACAGAGUUAUAUACCGCUGUCGCAGCUUAGCGCUCAAACUGGCGGUUACUUCGGAUUGCCCAUAAUCACGAUAGACGGUGCAAGAAAUCCUAAUACUUGUAAUUUAGGUGCACUCGGUGCUACAUCUAUUCUAAGUUUGGGCCCCCUUAAACAUUUAUCAAACAGGUAACUGUGGACGAUUCCGCGUUUGGCCUACGUUUUUUGUAAUCCUAUUUAUGUCUCCGUAUUUUCCGUUCUUAUCGAUGUUUCUUCUAUACCAGUACCUUCGUGUUACGCAAUUCAUACACAGAUCCUUCUCUGAAUUCUGUACCGUGAGUCACACGGCAAAUUUUAGCGGCGAACGAAUUCGUUUUCACUUUCUUUUUCUUUCACGACUUCAAGGCAGUCUUACGUUUUCCUUUUCUUUUUUUUU